AUGCUCCUGAUCCGGUCUCUCCGCUCGCGCCUCCAACGCUCGUCCUCUAGCUAUGCCUUCUCCACCGCCGCCGCCGCAUCGGCAGCGGCCGUUCAGUCGGAAAGAACGAUAAGGGAGGGGCCGAGGAACGACUGGAGCAGGGACGAGGUUAAGGGGAUUUACGAUUCUCCCGUCCUCGAUCUACUCUUCCAUGGCGUGAGUUUCCUGCUCCUUCCGUGGUUCACUUCGUGAUGCUUUGCUAAAAGUGUGUUAAGCAUUGGCUUGUGGCUCCCGAGGAAUCUGACAUGUGUCAUUCUAGGAGACAUUCAUCAGAGUUUUUAUAUGCACUGUCCCCGCAUGGAUCUCCCUCAUCUUUAAUCUCCGCAUGUAUCCUCUCUCUUGCCAAAUGAAGGUUGAAACCCAUACUAGACGUUACCGGGAUUCCGCUUAAGAUACCACACUGCCUCCGUUUCUAGUAACCCGCCAAAUUCUGUGGACAUGAUCUGUAAACCUGUGUGUUUGGCUCGUUGCUUGAGUUCUACAAGCAGGAAGAUGAUUCCCGUGCUGAGAAUCAUUGGACCCUGUGCAUUUGCGGAUACUUGUUGCGCACCUCAAAGGUUUUCUAGUAUCUAAUUCAGUUUUUGCUAAGGGAUGUAUAUUCAUGGCUCCAACAUUUUGUUAUAAAAAAUCCAACAUUAUCUCGAUCACUAGUGCAUCUUUUCCACAUACUCCAACUCAAAGAUAAGACAUCAUGUCUAAUGUAGAAAUUAGUGAACCGUGUGUAGAUUUUCAAGAGAAUCAUAAAUAUUUCGAAUCUGUAUUUAGUUACUGGUUGGCGAAACGACCCAUGGGGAGUGGUAAUUCUUCUGCCGGCGCCAAACUAUGUAAAGCCUAGCCUCACAAGAUACCUGAGAGAAAUAUCUCUACUCGACUGUAGUUGUCCAUUGGCUAAGAAAGUUUCUUCGGAUUGUUGCUUUAAUUUUCUUUUCAUUAAAAAAAAUAUAUCCGUUGUUUUCUUUACCAGUCUUUGACUUCUACUACGUGCUGCUUCUUUUAGGCUCAAGUCCAUAGGCACGUACACAAGUUUCGAGAAGUGCAACAGUGUACUCUUCUCUCCAUUAAGACAGGUGGAUGUAGUGAAGAUUGUUCAUAUUGUCCACAAUCGUCCCGAUAUGAUACAGGAUUGAAGGCUCAAAGGCUUAUGAGCAAGGAUGAUGUUCUACAAGCAGCAAAAAAGGUAUUGAUAAUUACAAUGACCAUGCUGAUCUCAGAUUAUGGGUGGAUGUCUGUUUACACAAUGGAACUGAACCAUGGUGCCCAAAAGUCAAGGACAUGUUCUUUUCGGUGUAUGUCCCUCUGAUGUUUCAGCAUUUACGUGACUCAAUCUUGCUGGCUAUUUAAACAAUUUCUUGUAGUUUCUUCCAGUCUCUCAUUUUUUAAUCUGUAGCCACCUCUAUUGCCACAUUACGUUCGUCUGUAAACUACUGCACUCUUAUACAUGCCUUUUAGGACCGAUAAUGUCUGAUAGAUGAUAUUCUAAAAGUAACCGAUAAGAUCUAGAUUUUUCAUACAUUUUAGAGAUCAUCGUAUGCCACGCUCACUCAGCCAUUCUUUGCUCUAUUUGAUGGAUGAUAGAGUGUGUGGGUCAUCGUUUUCAGUGGAUGAGACUACUCUUCGCUGUGAGCAAGAAGUGGCUUAUCUUCCGGUUGACUUUGGUAUACCAAUAAAGCGAUUGUGGCACAUAACCUACUUUCUAGUUGUGCAAGCUGUUGUUGGAGGGAAAUAUGUUUUGGUUCCUAGAUGCACCAGCCAACGGGAUCUUGACUACUAUAGUCUCUGGUAUCCGUUUUGGUUGCUUUCCUAACUCUGCUGGUAACCUUAUUCAAAAAAAGUAUAUAUAAAAGAACUAUCAUCAAAUUUUGCACUCCUAAAAAAUGUUUUUCAUAUAGGAAAUUUGUACAUAAAACAAAGGAUGUGAAUAAAUACGACCCCAAAAAGGUUUGUUGAAAUCAGGUUUAAGCUCACAUAUUGAAAGCAAUUUGACUAUUGCGAUCAAGCUUACAACAUAUGCUUCUUAGGCUCACCACAAACUGUACCACGGAGCUCGAUAAAUCUCUCUUCACUUCCGGUCCUUGUUUUAUUUUUUUCACUACUACCCUAUUCAGAGAGAGAUGCACGAUGGGAUCCCUAAUUCAUUUGUGGGACUGACACUGGCUUCCGUCUGCAGUGUCCCAUCUGCCAUUAAGAUUGGUAUGCUAUUGGUGUGCUGGCAACGUUUAAGCUCCUCCCUCUUCAUCUGCCCCAUCACUUUCUUGAAAGGGAAGUAGAGUAAGAUAUAAGGACCAAAGGACACUUCCACGUUUCUUAUAGACUACGAAUUCUGAUCCAUCACCGAUUAUAGUGGGCCAAUUAGGGACCACGAAACCACCAAAGCCCCGUAAAGCCAUAAUUCUAACUUAUGUUUUUCACUUUCCUUUACCCUCCUGCAUCCAAUCAUUUUACCUUCAUCCAACAAAUAUUGACCUAUGGUGUUAAUCCGUUACAGUUAGAACAACGCCGCAAUGUUAGUUGACCAAGUAACCACUGAAGUAGAUUUUGGAUAUGACCAAUAACCUUCAGAAUCUGAUUUCAGCCUUAAAUUAUAUAUUUUUAUCGGAUAGUACCUAGUUGCUUUGCUUUACUCAUUGAUUCAACUUUUAUUUUUUCGUGUAAUCUUUUCAUUUUAUUUUCUUAGAUACAUCUUGGAUAUAGCUCUGUCGCAUGAUGUUAUGUUCCAAUUCACCUUACAGUGAGGAAUCUCAUCUCAUGUUACACAGGCGAAAGAUGCUGGCAGCACACGUUUUUGCAUGGGAGCUGCGUGGCGAGACACAGUUGGCAGGAAAACCAAUUUCAACCAGAUCCUUGACUAUGUCAAAGAAAUAAGGUACGUUUAGGCCUACUUAGCUUCUCUAUGCCUGUUGCAGUAUAUAGCAUUGUUUCCUUUCAUGGAGGAGCCUCCAAGAUGACCAUAGCUUUCCUGUGCACUGUGCUGCAUAAUUCUCUAAACGUCAAAAGUGACACAGGGAGAUGGGCAUGGAGGUUUGUUGCACUCUGGGCAUGCUAGAAAAGCAGCAAGCUACGGAACUUAAGAAAGCGGGGCUCACAGCAUACAAUCACAACCUUGACACCUCGAGGGAGUAUUAUCCCAACAUUAUAACCACAAGGUCCUAUGAUGAGAGGCUGGAAACUCUCCAGUUUGUUCGUGAGGCGGGAAUAAGCAUCUGUUCAGGUAGAUUUCUUGAGCUUAUUCUCCUUACUGAAGAACCCUGACCGGGACUUUGGGAACCAUCUCUCUCCUGUUAUUCAUACUUUUUCCUUUUUCUCGUAUUUAUUUAGCAAAGUUGUGGGUCUAGAAUCAUUUUAAUUUUCGUUGACUGGGCCUAUUGUCCAGGUCAACCCAGUGAAUGUGCUUCUCUUCUUCCAGGUCAAACUUUCAGGUUGUUGGUUCAUACAGUGAAAAACACUAGUGUUUUCAUAAAGUCAACAAGUUGCUAUAUACGUUCAUGUUCUCAACAGGGGAUAUAUUCAAGUCAUAAAACCUGGGAAUUUGACCGGGAAACAGAAUUGGAAUGAAUCGUUUCAGUUUUCUACAUGGAAUGACCCGCAACUCGGCCUCUACAGGGGGAAUAAUCGGUCUCGGAGAAGCAGAAGAAGACCGGGUUGGACUUCUGCACACACUGGCCACCCUCCCUGCUCAUCCGGAGAGCGUUCCCAUCAAUGCACUCGUACCAGUUAAGGGCACUCCCCUUCAAGAUCAGAAGGUAACCUCUCUCUCUCUCUCUCUCUCUCUCUCCCCAGCCACCAAGAAAAUUCCUGGAAUAUGUUCAAUUCCUGACAUCAUAAACCAUAUAUUGAUCCCUAAAAUAUUUAUUACUUCCCCUUCAAGAUUAGAAGGUAACUUCUCUCUCCUCUCUCUCUCUCUCUCCAGCCAGCAAGAAAAUUCCGGGAAUACGUUCAAUUCCUGACAUCCUAAAGCAUAGAUUGAUCCCUAAAAGAUUUAUUAUUCUAUAAAUUAUAGUUUUCUUUCUGAACCGGCUUCAUUCAGACCCCGUAUUGUUGGCGAUCGACCCUCUAUUCUUUGUCUUAAGAGCCAUAAAUCUAACACAAAUUCUCCUUGGAAAAAUGUGUAAUUAAUUUUGAUUUCAGCCGGUUGAAAUCUGGGAGAUGAUCCGGAUGAUCGCCACGGCGCGCAUCGUGAUGCCACAGGCGAUGGUGCGACUCUCUGCGGGCCGCGUGCGCUUCUCCAUGCCCGAGCAGGCCCUGUGCUUCUUGGCGGGCGCCAACUCCAUCUUUACGGGAGAGAAGCUGCUCACCACCGCCAACAAUGACUUCGACGCUGACCGGCUGAUGUUCAAGGUCCUCGGGCUUACCCCAAAAGCCCCCAGCUUCUCGGAGCAGCCACCGGAGAUGGCGGCGGAGAGUCAAGAGCUGGCGGUGGCUUCCAGCUCUGGUUAA